AAACAGUUCUCGCUAGAAACUCAAACCCAACACACACACUCAGUCAAUACAGACCAAUCAAUAAACCUUAACAAAAUGUUCAAAUUGGUGGUAUUGUCUGCUCUCCUUGCCGUAGCCGUUGCACGUCCCGGACAUCUGAUCGAAUCCUCGCCGCUCGUCUAUGCCGCUCCAGCUGCCACAAUUGUCCAGGAGCCAGUCCUGGCCAAGGUCGGUGCUGUAGUGAAGAGUGUGCCCACCGCCAUCUCCCAUCAGAGCCAAUCGGUGGUCCACAGCUCCGCUCAUGUUGUCGAGGAUAUUGUCGCUCCCGUCGUCAAGUCAACGCCCGUUGUCAGCUACGCUGCUCCUGCUCCAGUUGUCCACAGCACCUACGCCGCAGCUGCCCCAGUGGUGCACAGCACUUAUGCCGCAGCUGCCCCAGUGGUGCACAGUGCCUAUGUUGCUGCACCAGUUGCUCAUGUUGCUGCCUCUUCGCCUCUGACUUACACCGCCACGGGAGUGUGGUUUGAGCAACAGGCAACAGUCUACCCUUCGACACAAGUCAAAGAACCGGCAAACCAAAAACACAGCUCCAACAUGUUCAAAUUGUUCGUUCUCUCCGCUCUGCUCGCCGUUGCCGCCGCUCGUCCAGGACAUCUGGCUGCUGCUCCCUUGGUGUACAGCGCCCCAGCCACCGCUAUUGUGCAGGAACCCGCUUUGGCCAAGGUCGGUGCUGUGGUCAAGAGCGUGCCCACCGCUGUCAGCCACCAGAGCGUCACCCAGGUGCACAGCACACCCGUCGUUGAGGAUGUCGUCGCUCCCGUUGUGAAGACCACUCUGCACGCCGCCGCUCCAGUUGCCACCUAUGCCGCCGCUGCUCCCGUCUCCACCUACUCGGCUGUCGCACCUGUGUCCACUUACUCGGCUGUUGCUCCAGUUGCCACCUAUGCUGCUGCUGCUCCUGUGUCCACCUACUCCGCUGUGGCUCCUGUCUCUACCUACUCGGCUGUGGCUCCUAUCUCUACCUACUCCGCUGUGCACGCUCCCGUCUCCACCUACUCCGCAGUGCCCGCUCCCGUUGCCUACUCUGCUCCAGUGGUGCACUCCGCUCCCUUGACUUAUGCCGCCAGCGCCUGGUAAGAGAACGAGAACGAAAGAUUUUGUUGCCCGUUGUUGACUUGUGUCUACUCUCAAAAUACAAAUAAAUAAAGAAAACUUCGAAUAUUA